AUGUCAGUCAAUGGGAGCUCAGGCUCAGGCUGCAGGCCAGAUGUCAGAGCCACCAAUGACACCUGCUGCCAUAAAGAACUGUCUGUCACAGCAUCUGUCAUCUCAAUGGCUGCAGGCAUCUUGUCCAACAGUGUUGCUCUCCUUAUUCUGCUCAAAUCCUACAACCGCCUCCGCAUCAAGUCCAAAGCAUCCUUCCUGCUGUUUGCCAGUAGCUUGGUAAUAACAGACCUGCUGGGCCACCUCGUCAAUGGCUCCCUGGUGCUUUAUGUGUAUCGCUACCAAAGGAAGUGGGAGACUUUUGACCCUCAUGGCAUUAUGUGCAGCAUCUUUGGGGUAUGCAUGGUGUUCUAUGGCCUGAGCCCCUUGUUCCUGGGAAGUGUCAUGGCUUUGGAGCGCUGCAUCGGAGUCACCCAGCCCAUCUUUCACUCCACAGCACUUGCUUCCCAUUACAGUAAAAGGCUUCUAGGGCUUACCUGGCUGCUAGCUGCCCUGGUGGCUUUGCUGCCUGUGCUGCUGCAGAGGCCCUAUAAGAUUCAGAGCUCCAGGAGCUGGUGCUUUUUCCAUAUGGAGCAACCCAAAGACUGGCUGGAUGUGCUGCUGCCUCUGCUUUUCUCAGUGCUGGGGUUGUUGGCACUAAUGCUUUCCUUUGUUUGCAAUACACUUGCAAGUUGUGCUUUGCUGCAGGGUAGACUACGCCGCAAACUAUGCUCGAAAGGCACCUCUCACCACAUUGAGAUGAUCUGCCAGCUCUUGGUAAUCAUGCUGGUUUCCUGCGUGUGCUGGGGUCCAUUACUGAUUCAUAUCCUCCUGUUGAGUACCAGAGCCACAGGUGAGUCUACGUGUUUCAGUCUGCUGACGAUGGUACGUAUGGCAACGUGGAACCAGAUCUUGGAUCCCUGGGUUUACAUCCUGCUGAGGAAGGCUGUUCUGAGGAAAAUGUUCAUGUUGUUUCACGGCUGUUGUGGCUCAAAGCAUCGCAACAUACACUUCUGGCAGUGCAGUAUACAUGAAAAGUCAGCAGUAACCAGCAAAUCUGACUGCCACUGCCGUGGUAGACUACCUCUCCCAGACACUGCCAUUAAAUCCAUCACCUGAUCCGUGGUCUGAAGUUUUCAUCUGAUACCUGAAAACACGACGGGGAUGCAUUUCCGUGUCACCUUUGCAAAGUUUUGGCAUGAACCAGCAGUACUGGGUUCUGCUUUAUAAUGUUGAAUGAAGAAGUUUUUUUUGUUUGUUUUGUUUUGCUUUGGGGUUUUUUGUUUGUUUGUUUGUUUGUUUUUUGUGGUGUACA